AUGAUAUUAUUAUUAAGUAUCAAUACAAUUUUUAAUAUUGAAGAAAAAGAUAUAGAUAUUAGAGAUGGCAAAGCAAUAGAAGAUGAUAAUAUAAUAGAAGAAGGAACAGAAAGAACAAAAAGAUCUAAAACUUAUAAUCUUCACAUCAAAAAAUAUGUAGAAUGGAUUGAAGGUCUUAAGAAAUUAAAGCUUAGUUAUAUUAAAUAUGACUAUUAG